AUGGACAAGGCUGCGCUCACACAGCACAUCAAGCGUGCACGUCCCGUGCUCCAAGAAGUGGAGAAAUCGGCCAGCGACGCGCGCUGGGUCGGAGGUGCCAACGCGCCGUGCAACUUUUGCGUGAAGCUCCACUCGACCAAGACGUGCACCAAGUUGCACCGCGCCAUCUUGAGCGGCAAGGUCACGUGCAAGGUGCCGUCACGGCGCAAGGUGCACUUUCAGCUCCCCCCCGACUUUUGCUGCCGCUACUGUCUUCUUGCCAUGCGCGUCGUCGUCGACCACUGCACGACCGGCUGCGACCGGUUGCGCACCGACAUGAUGAGCGACCAGGUCGAUCGCAACUUCAAGCCGCUCGCGGACCACGACUGGCCCAAGCUCCGGCCCAGCGAUUGGGACGCGUACCUGGUCAAGACUGAGAACGAGUACAAGCAAGCGCGACAGUUGUACUCGACGUUCGAGUUGGAGCCAGGAACGGUGCGACUCCGAGAAAAGCCAACCGCCCAGCCGCACAACGAAACACCAACGCCAGUCCCCGCUUUUAUCGAGAUACCGGCGCUAGCUCACGCUUCAAGCGAAGUAGCAACACCAGUUCGCACACCAAACGAAGCGUUAGCCCACGCAGCGAUCGAAGAGACAACGGAGAGCAGCAGCAAGCGCCGUCGAUUGAGUUACAUCUCGGACGAUGAAUACCCUUUCCAAGGGUGUACCUUGCACUAG